AUGCCAGCUGUUGUGGCGAACAACGGAGUCGCAGUGCUCGGCUCCGUCGCUGCCUGCGCCGAGGAGCUGGCACCUCGACCGGAGAGCCAGGCGGCUGAAGUGGUGGUUGAGGGUGCAGCUGUUUGUUCUGGCACCGACUCUGACAUGUGUGAGUCACAUUAACGGCAAAACGAGGGGUGAAAUCCACGAGAUCUAAAAGUCUUACUCUGAGAUCUGGGCUAAAGCCUUCACAUGUUGACGUUAACAGAAAACUAUUGUGACAAAAAUGUGUUUAAUCUCUGACCUUUUACAUCUUAAAGUGGGUUUUACUUCACAUUUUCCCUCCAUGACAACAGCACUGCUGGACAGGUUCCUCUUCCUUUUAGCCAGCAGGGGGCAGCAGAGAGAUCUGAUCCAACAGGAAGUCAUGAAGUGAAAAUGCUUGGUUUCCAGUGUUUGAUUGUUAAGAAUGAGAAUCACAUUUAUAUCGUUUAAUUGACUGCUAAUACUAUAGUCUUUUUCAUCAAUUCAAAAUGUUUGAAGCUUGAAGUUUGUUGGUUUUCUUUCUCCCUGAAGGCAAAAAUAAACAUCUUUUCACUUUGUUGAUUUAGCUGUUUAAUGUCCGACACAUAAAAAUAUCCCAUCCUGCUUUCUUAGAGCGGCCAAAUGAUAUACUAACUAAAAAUAUAUGUUAUUGACAAUGAUUAACCCCUUCACAAUCAUUUCAGGCAUUAAGACUUUAAAUUUGGCAGUCUCGUUUAAUUUUUUACAACCAAUGCAAAACUCUUCACAUGGGGCCUUUAAACUCAUUUUUUAUGACUUGUUAUGGAAAUUAAUUGGGUGUCUGCUAAAUCUUUUUUAAGUGACUGAGAAAACAGCCCUGUUUAGUUGUUUUCCAUGUGAUCGCACACAUUGAAUUUCCAGAUGUUUAAUGAAAUAUCCUGCAGCCCUACUGCCAAGUUCUCUUAUUACCAGUUAGUUACCAGAAUUAUGAAGGAACAACUGCAGAGUUAUUUAGUAAACAAAAAAGCCAGAGGAGGUUUUCUUAUUUUAGAGUCUUCCUAACUUUUCUAAAGUUUUGACAUCUUCAACUAGGGCUGGGCGAUAAACCGAAAAUUUACUGAUACCAAAAUUUACAACAAUAACCAACGUUAUUUCCACAGAUCAGUUUAUUUGGUGUCAAAAAAAUUAAAAAUAAAUAAAAGUUGGUUUUGGGUGUGUGUAGGUAGGCUAUGGUCUUAUGUCCCUUUAAGAUAAGUUAAUGUGGGAGGGGGUGAGCAGCUUAUGGAGUAGUUAUGGUCCAUUUAUUGUUAUUGAGGUGAACUGUUCAAUAUAUUGUGAUAUUGAUAUUGAUCGCCCAGCCCUAUCUUCAACAUUUAUCUACAAAAUAUGAAAUAAACUAAAAAAAAGUACAGAAAGCCUUGAAUGAGUCGGUGUGUCCAAACUUUUGACUGGUAGUGUAGAUUAAGAGCUAAAGUAAACUAAGGAGUAAACUAAGGAGUAAAGGCUGACUGAACACCUCCAGUUACUUAAACCACAUUUGAACAGGAAAUGGGAAAAGAUAACAGUCUGAAUAUUAAGAAUGUAAAUGUGUAAAUAAGGCUGAGUAUCAACUUUACAGUCCAACUGAAGGAAACAUCUUAAAGAAUAUACUUGAAUCACAAUAGGGGUUUGAAUGUGGAAACUUCAGCACCAGAAACUGCUAUAUAAUCCUCUGGCAUCUCCACCUAUGAGUCAGUGUUUCCUAGAGACAGUCCAGCCAACACACACACACACACACACAGGACUUUGUUAAUCCUGCAGCCAUAUAUACUGUGGGAUUAUAAUCAGCUGCUGUGAGCCAACAGUCUGGAUCUCAGCGCACUAAAUCAAAUCAACAUCACAGACGCAAAAGGCCUGACUCAGCAAGAGAGGAAGAACAGUCCAAGAGCAAAUCUUAACCGUCACACGCUGAGAAAACUCAACUUUUUUAUACACAUGACUGAUCGGGUGUUUUCCAGGAAUAGAAACAGGCUGUAAUAAUUUAUCCUCUAUACGUUAAAAAGAUCCACAGAGACUCAAAAGUGUAAAAAACUGCAGAGUUGGUGACCCAGCAGGUCACACACAGAGCGCUCCCUGGUGGUUAACAGCUCAUCAGUUAUCCCACAGAGGCACGCCGCAAUACUGCAGGAGACAAUGAGGCAGACAGCCAGACACACACACUUACACACACACACACACAAGAUGGUAGAGCAGUCUUGCAGGACGUCUGGAGAUGUAUUUUCUCAAUUAAUCAAGUUUGAAUAUUUAACAAAGGUCAUCAAAUAUCCGUCCGACUUCAUCAGAGAUGGAUUUCUGUGAUUUCCUGCAGCAUGGAGUCAGAUUUUGGAAACUGGGGACUGUGAAUGAUUGGCAAAGAUCUUUCUUAAUCAACCAUGUGAAUAACUGAGGAUUCAUUUUCAUCUAAUCAAAUAAUGAUAAGAGGAACCAUAAAUUCCUGAAAGUAGGUCACCCCAGCAGGACAAAAGGUUCAAACCCUCUUCAUGUGAAACAGUUUCCAUUAUUUCAGCUGAGUUACCAUGCACACAGUUUCUUUCUUUGCAGCAGCUGUGGAGCUCUUCCCUGAAACCAGUCAUACCAUGAUGUUAAGUUUGCAAUCCUGCCAGCGACCAGUGUGUUAGUUAAACUCAGUCCAGAGUGAACCUGACAGCAGUGAAGUACAGUAUGAUCUACCAAUGAUCAAUUCACCCAAACUCCAGCUGCCCUCAUUUGCUCUGAUUAAGAGGUCUUUCAAUCACAGCAGCAAACCAUCAAGAUGUUAAAAACUGCUGCUGUGUCUCUGUGACUCAGCUUCAUUAGGGCUGCACAAUAAAUUGAUUUUAAAACGUAAUCGGAUUAUUUGAUUAUGACGAUGUAAAAUAAUUAAAAUACUCAAAUCGAUUUCCCUCUCUAUAAUGUCUCGCACCUCCAGGCCACCGUAGGCUCCCCCAGUUCCCACACACACCAGUGUAAACAAACAUGGCGUUUGCUAAAGAAGGCGACAAUUUCGUGGUUAAAUAGGGAAAAGAGCGAGUCAGUCGUGUGGAAUUGGUACGACUUCACAGUUUCAGAUGAAGAGCAAACCCCCACCACUCCCCGCUGCAAAGUCUGUCUGAAGGCGGUAUCAACCAAUCACCACGGAAACGAAUUCAGGAUCUGUAAACGACGGCCAUUUCAUCUCUGUGUGGAUGUCUAUCUGCAUCUCUGGAAACGAUCAUGUGACAUACAGCGUAACUCUUUUAUGGGCGCCUGACCGUGUCCAACCAAAACAACCUUUAUACACAUGUACUCUUCUUCUGGCUUUUGUGCAUUUCCUGUGCAGCGUUACAGCGCCACUUACUGAUUAUUAAAUGGAAGUUUGGUGAAAAUCAUAUUAUAGUGCCACUUUUACAGUAAAAUACUGUUUAUCUGCGUACAUUUACUCCUAAUGACAGUCCUACUGGUUUCUAGAACUCUAACAACUUCUCAUCUAAAAAUAUAAAUCAACAAUGAUCAGUUAAACCAAACACUGAUAUACAGAUGGUCGAUAUCAGUCAAAUCUGAACCUAAAAAAAUCCUGAAAACACGUGAAAGUUUCAGAGAGUGGCAGCAUCACAUGGUGCUUCAGUUUGUCAGUAAUUUGUCUAUGUUUAGUUGGGAGGAUUUAGCCAAAUGUGUCGUGGAAACUACAUUCCUGUCUUAAAACCACGGCUUAGCUUUGUCUGCAGCUAUUACUCUAAUCAGGCUGAGGGGGCCCCGCAGUCUCCGGGGGGACGGGGUGCAUCUCUUAGUCACUGUUGGCAAGCAGACAAUACCUCUGAAAACCAACAAGAUAUGACUGCUUCAAGUUAGACCACCUUUAAGUCCGUAUGUGCUGUGAUUAUCUGUGAGGAUGAACAAGCCUGUGUUCAAAAGAGGAGAAGAUCCCACUCCAGGUUUGAAAUAGUGGAGUGUGUGAAAGAAAACACAAACAGAUUAACAGCUGAUUGAGACCCGCUGAAGUGAAAGCUGAUGAGGAUGCUGUUUAUCCCGUCCUGGCACAAAGAAAAGUUCACACACAUCAUAACAAAGAAGCAGAGAGUUGUGAUCUGUCAACACGGCAUGACAAUCACGAUUAUCCAGAGGACCCCCCCCCCCCCUUUUAUAUUUGUGUGUGUGCUUGUGUGGAUGUUUGUGUGUGUUUCUAUUUAAGUCUCCCUGUGAUAGAGAGAGAGAGGAGGGACAAAGGGACAAAGGGGAGACAGAGAUAAUAUUGAGUUGUGUUUCUCUCUCCAUCAUUUUGUGUCAGUCUGCGUUCAGAGUAACAACACAGAGAGGUAAGCUGCACUUCAUCUCUACUAAACUAAAGCUGUUUAACUGUAAUGAUACUAAUAUUGAAGAGUUAUUUGUUUGGAUUUUGAUCAAAAACCUGAAUUUUUAAAUUUUUUUAGACCAGGCAGAAACGAGAACAAGGACUGUGCAAUUUAAGGCAACUUCAGCGUUUUACCAAUACAAGCAACUAAAAUAAACACAUGAGAAAAGUUCUCAAUUAUCAGAAUAAAUGAGGAAAAUUAUCUAAUAUAAACAAAUAUUGACUUCUACCCCAGCAUGGUUACAUUUCAUCUAUCAUGGAGGGUUGAGUACAGCGCUACAGAACAAUAUAGUCCAAGUCCAUUUAUAAUCCUCAUUAUUUUGUCCCUGUCCGACACAUUUAGAAUUAAAAUAAUUAAUAACCAACAUUAGAUUCAGAAAGGCAAACAGUGAUUUCUUUCCAAUUAUUGUCUUUCUGAUUUAUUAAUUAACAGUUAAAAUAGUCCCACAUGCUGAGGUGAGAGGACGUUUUGAGCGGCGAUGGCUCAGUAUUAGAACGGGUCAUCACUAAAUCAGAAGGGUUCAGUCCCAGGUCCCACUGAAACCUGGACCCAAAAUCUGUGCCCAGCAAAAUAUGAAUGGGAUUAAUCAAUACUCAAGGGCUUUACAUAGCAGCGUCUGCCACCUUAACUGAAAAAAAAUAAAAAAUAACCUGUUACCUGCUUUUAAGAGAACUUUAUGUCAGUGUCCAUUUUGGCGCCCCCUGUAGAUGAAGUGAUACCUCCACUUUCUUUACUGAUUUUGUCCUCUCUUUUCCAGACAAUAAUAUUUAUCACUUUCUGUAAUUAUGUGGAAACAUGUUUUAAAAAGAUAGAGAGGGGGGUCCUUCCCUCCUCGCUGGGAUUACAGAUAUUUAAAAUAAUCAUUUAUAAAUCAACGAUUCUGUUACUAAUGGUCUCUUUUUUAUUAGUAGGGUCAUAAAACUGGUGUGCUGUUAUAUUCAAUCCAUUUUAUAACAAUCUAAAAACUUCUUACAGGAUCUUGAACAAAUUAAUUGAUUAUUUGAAUAUAAAUUGACAACAGUUUAUCAACUUUUCAUUCCAAUUUACACAAAAAAAUAGGAAAUUAGGGCUGGGCGAUAAACCAAAAAUGUACAGAUACCAACAAUAACCAACGUCAUUUUGCCAUAUCGGUAUAUUCAGUGUCAAAAAAAUAAAUCAAUCAAAGUUGGUUUUGGAUGUGUGUAGGUAGGCUAUGGUCUUGUGAUGUGACUCCACCCCAUCCAGUCUGUAACAAAGAGGGAAAGACAGGUGAGGAGAUGCAGGACGGUUCAAAAGUUGUAGCUGCUGAAGUAGACGAAGUUAAUGUGGGAGGGGGUGAGCAGCUUGUGGAGUAGUUAUCGUCCAUUCAUCGUUAUCCAGGUGAACUGAUCAAUGUAUCGUGAUAUUGAUUUAAGGCCAUAUCGCCCAGCCCUAUAGGAAAUACCUGCAGAAAUUAACAUGUAGAUUUACAUGGUUCUGCUCCUUAUAAGUCAAUGAAUGGGAAGUAUAAAAUAAUCCUUCAAUCAAAGAUUAUUAUACAGUUUCCAUUUUCAGGUUGACAUUGGUACCACAUAAAAUAAAAUCAAGUUACUUUGUCAGAUUUGUGCAAAUCUUAUUUACCUUUUUUUUAAAUCUCAGCUUUAUUUAUUUGCAAAUUUUAAAGGCCUUAUGUUUAACCCAGAUGAAGGCUAAACUCAGUUUUCAGUAGUGUUCUGGGAAAAGGGGAGCCUGUCUAUAUUUGUAUCUUUUAUCCGCUGGAAAAGUGGGGGUGAAGGCAGGAAAAGUUAUCUGUGGUGAUGGGGGCUCGCAUGCUUCCCUCUGUCUGCCGUCACUUGGCUCUCUGGCAGAUGAGUGUGUUAUCAGCACUGAGAGGUGACGGCAUGAGUCUGUCCAGCAGGCCUCACCACGUGUACGACAAGACAGAGUGAGAUAAACUAAACUAAACACUGAGCGGCCGCAGCCGUGUGGAGCGCCAGGUCUUACAGAGUUUCCAAAGUACAGGAGAAAGAAUUAUUAAGGCACCUUUAUCAUCAUUAUAUGUCUAUAUAUACAGCAGGUUUCCACUGUGGUAACUCUAUACUGGAGAGUCUGAGGGGGAAUGUCUCCAGAGUGGAUAUAAAAAGGAAAGUGGAGUUAAGACCCUUUGGGGCUCUAGUCCUGAGUGGUCCCCACGGCUGAGCACUUCAGACACUGAGGGUUUUAUUUUUGUCUUCCAGGGGGGAGUCCGAAUCACCAAGAUGCCUGAGAAAGCGUGAGUGUAUUGUGUUUCUGUUAUUGUUUCCAUUCCCGAAUCAGAGUGUUGGUUUCAUACAGCAUAUGGGAAUUAUCUAUAGAGGAACAGAGUGAAAUAUAAUACAGCAGCAGCUCAUAUCCACAUACAUUUCAGUACAAGCUGUAAUUGAAUUCUCUAACUCUGUCUCCUUUUGUCCCCCCUUUAAUUUCAUCACACAGGCCAGAGGUAAGAUUUCAGAGGAGAGGAAAUUAAUUUUGCACCUAUUAAGAUUGAUUUCUACAAAACCUCAGCCUGCAUAUUGAUAUAUUUGAUCUCUUUUGCAGAGGAAAUCCAAAAUAUCAGCGUCUCGAAAGCUUAUGCUGAAGGUGAGCCCUCAGGAAAUACGACGAGGAAAGAGGGAAUCAGACAGUUACACCUGUAUUGUGUGUGGUAUUUCAGAGCCUGAUGGUUGCUAAAGCCAAAGAGGAGCUGGAGCAGGAGAUGGAGGAGAAGGAGGAGCAGAAGGCAAAGUACCUGGAGGAGAAAUCUCCACCUAUACAGACCAGUGGCAUGUCCUUAGAGGAGCUACAGGUACACAUUUGUAUUUAUCCAAAACAAACUCACAUCUGUUCAGCCAUGGAAAUUAAAUUAUUAUGAAAUUAUGAAAUAAAUGACGAGCACGCUUCGGUGUCUUUAUAGACACUAUGUGAAGAGCUGCACGCCAAAAUCGACGUGGUGGACGAGGAGCGGUAUGAUAUCGAGGCUAAAGUCAUGCACAACACCAGAGAGGUAACUGAAAACAGAAAACAACAUCGACAUCAUAAACUAAAGGAAAUACAGGAAACAUAUCAUUUGUUUUGACUCUGGUUGAUGACGACAUGCAGCUAUGAUGCUAGAUUGCUCUUCCAGCUGUAUGUAAAGACGCACAGAAAGUAGAUGUCAACAUGUAACACACUAGCUGCGUUAACAUGGGCACAAAUAAUCAGAAUAAAUACCCGAUCAGAAUAAAAAUGCAUCAUGUAAACAUGUCGAUCGGAAGAUUCUGAAGUUUAUGCUGAUCGUUAUUCCUAAAAGCGUCCAUGUAAACACUUUUCUUGAUUGUGACUCUCUAACCUGACUCAGUCUUCACUCUUCAUUUACUGUUUAUUGAGGUCAGUACAGGAGGUUUCAUUAUUAACACUCGGGCGCCGUGUCUGCUCCUCCAAUAACAUCACAAGGCGUUCAAACAGCGUAAUGAUGUCACAUCUGCCGCACAGAACAACCUUUGACAGGACAGUAAAAUAACUAAGCAAGGGCGCCAUCUAGUGACAACAUUUAACAGAGGGGAAACUCCUGAAUUGGAUGGAGUGAACUACAACUGCGUUUGUUAGUUUAUGACAGCACAGGUGGACAUACGACUCUUCUUCUUCUGUGGUUGUUUUAGCGAAAUCAGACAACUCUGCGCAUGUCCAAAUGCUUCUAAUGCUUCUAAUCUGAAUAAAGCUCGGUGGAUGUAUACACACGUCAUGAUCAGAUUAUUUGAUUUUGCACCCAUCUAAACAACAGAUUCAGAUUAUCUGAUCCAAAAAUUUUUUGAUCAGAUCAGGAAAUUUUGCACACGUAAACACGGCUAAUGUGGCGAACAGAACUGAAUCUGAUUGUAGGCUGUGUCUCGUUCACUUGACCAUAGAGAAUGUAUAAUGCACAGGUACACAAAUACUGAUGUACAGGGGUAAAGGCUGCUGGUGUUUAAUCUGCUAAUGUUAGCUACACUAAGCAAACAAAUCUGACGUCGCAAAAUCCUCGAUAUAGACUGGCCUCAGUUUUGACAGUUUCAGGGUUUUUGAAACUGUUGGUUUGUUGGAAAUUGAAAUUCUGUUUCAUCAGCUGAUCCCUAAUAGUGACAAUCUUGUCUACUAGACGGUCUCUGUUGAAAUAACCAUCUUAUUCUGUUUUCGAGCUCAGCCUGAUAACUAAUACCCAAUAAGGGUCACCUGCUCCUGAUAAUUUGAGUUUGUUUACCUACAGCCACUGCAAGAAUAGUCUGAAAUCUUUGUGCAACAAUCAAGAAUAUAAUUUCAGUUACCGGAGUGCUGUCCUGAGGUUUUUUUAUGGGUAACACAACACUGAGAGUGAGUCUGCUCUUUGAUUAACACGUUAACAAACUUCCUCCCUAUUUUCUGCACAGAUUAAAGACUUAAACAUCAAGGUGUUGGACCUGCGAGGGAAGUUUAAGAGACCUAACCUGAGGAGGGUGAGGGUCUCAGCUGAUGCAAUCCUGCGCUCUCUGCUGGGCUCCAAACACAAAGUCUCUCUGGAUCUGAGGGCCAAUCUUAAAUCUGUAAAGAAGGAGGACACAGAGAAGGUGAGAUUGGAAAAAGGAAAUAAACAACAUCGAUGUAACCAUGGUAGAAAUGUUGCGUGUGCACCACUAAUGACCAAUUACAAGUAACUGGGGAGGUGUGUAACUGAUUAAUCAGCUUUCUGAAAUUGCCAAGACAAGAAUACUACAUUCACCCAAGAUAUUGUAGAGUUUUUGUUUUAAAAAAAAAGGUUCUCAAGAGUGUUUCUGUUGUAAGAGAAAGCCUGAAGCUAAAGAGAGAAACUCCUUUGUCACAUUCUAAGACCUCUGCAUAGAAAUGCAUAAAUUUAAAGAAGUAAAAAGGGAAAAUAAUCUUUAGUUUAAUGCGACACACCAGAAAUGACUUGAAAUCAUUUUUGGGUGCAGGAGAAGACCGUGGAGGUGAGCGACUGGAGGAAGAACGUGGAGGCCAUGUCAGGAAUGGAGGGCCGUAAGAAGAUGUUCGAUGCAGCAAAAGGCCAAAACCAGUGA